UACAACGCCGAAUACCAUGGAACGCGAAAAAGCGCAAGUAGUGUCACUCCAGCGACUCACCCCGACGAAGAUGGAGAUUAGCACUUCACAAUUAUUGCUAGCUUGAUCCGCACAACAUGCCAAUAUCGACACCUUGCUACAAAUACCCAGCUAGAUCAUUCCAUCUUCCCCAGCAGUAUCCAUCCAUCAUGACCUGGAACAACCUCCCAACUGAAUUGCAUCUAGCUGUUGCUCGUUUCCUCCCUCCUCAGGAUACUCGUGCUCUUUCACGUACCUCUCGAUCUUCAUAUAACCUUCUCGUACCUCAAAUAUUUUCCGAUGUCACAAUCUCAUCUCGUAGCGCUCUGCGAUCAUUCGCCACGCACGUACCAGCCAGAUACGGCACCCAUAUAAGGUGUCUUAGUAUUUGCACAAAACCUGCAGAGAGAGCACUCGUACAAGAAGUUGACUGUACAGAAGACCUUGCAACUAUCCUUGCCACUUGUUCCUACCUGCAGUCACUCUCGCUCUCGCUUGCCGCAUCACUUGAUGCAUCCACAAUCACACCUGUCUUUGCUACUCUUACAACGGUCCAAAAAUUCGAGAUUGGCUGUUGGGGUCAAGAAGAGACUACACCUGUGUCUGAGCGUAUCGCAGUAUCCCUUGCCGCAUCCUUACCAUCCCUCACUCAUCUCACCCUGUCCCGCGUCACUCGUUCAGCAUUGCAUGUAGACAAUUGCUCUCCCCCGGGCGUUCCGUUGGUACUCAAUGACCACGACGUCCCUUCGCACCCUAUCCUCGGGGAAGAGCUCUGCAUUCCUAGCCUCCUGAAACUUCCCACUCUCAAGUCACUUGAUCUGAGGGACGUAUGGAUCGAUUGCGAUGAAAACAUGUCUAUGCAAGGGAAACUUGCGCAGCUGGAGAGUAUAUCGCUCUCCGGAAGUAUGUACAGGGACGGUGAAGUGGAGAGCAAGGCCUGUUUGGCAUGGCUUCGGGCUUGCGGCCCUGUUUUACGGUCAUUCGAAACAGGAAUCCCUCUUGGUGAAUCCCAACCGUCCACUUGCCUCGGAAAGGAUCGGAUGGCCGCGGAGGAUGAAUCUAUCGCUUCCCCUCUACCUAUUCUCACAGACUUUCACGUGGAUGCAGAACGAGUCGCUUUGGAUGACCUUCUUCCCAUGCUCAAUAUCUUGACCGCUUUGUGUGCUGCUCAGGAUCCAUUCACACGGGAAUGCGCAUCUGACGAAUUCGAGGAUUGGCAAGAUACCAUCGAACAGCUCCUUACUUCAAACGAGUGGAAUUCUCUGAAGAGUGUGGAGUUGAAUUUUGGUCAAGGCGCUCAAAGACUCUGGAGCUUGUAGGCAGCGCAUUUUUUUGGCAUAGUCUGGAUCAUCUUAUUGGGUUUUUUGUCCUUUCCCCCUCGGACCCUUGUAACACCACUCUCCCCCUCGUACCGAAUGAGGCAUUUCAUUGUACACUUAUUGUUCACUUGCUAGAUGUACUGCCUCUUUAUACCAAAGAUACCAGCUCCGCCCAAGGGAGCAAAUAUUCACGGAUUUCCCAUCUUGAAAAAUCGUUAUGUCCAUAUAUGACCAACCUAUACCCUAUCUUUAGUUUGACCUUUUGUUCACUCCUGAAAUGACAUUAUGACUCUUGGAAUGUACGCCAUAUAUGCUGUUGUCCA